AUGAAUACAGUGGCCUCUUCGCAGGACUUUGAAGACUGGCCCGAUUGGCCACUUCGUGAUACGAGAUACAUGAGUUACGCGUCUACCGCCACCGAAGACUCGGAGGCCAGUUUGUUGUCUAUUAGCAGAUUUCAACCACCGCCGAGUCCGACGACGUCGAUUUCGCCGACUGUGAGCGAUAAGGGGAAGUCUUCGCCGCCGGUGGAUGUGGUGAGGGUAAAUUUGAGCCCUUCCGUGACAAUAUCGUUUGUUCGAAAAACACGGCUAUUUCGCAUGCAAUAUUCGUAUAUCGAUAUCGUCAAGGAACUCAACGGUACAUUAAAACAUUUGGUUUUGGGCGGAUCAAACGGAUCCCAUAGCACGUUUCUGCAUGACUUCACCGGCACUCGACUCCCGAUUCCGCAUUUGGAAUACCCUCGUCUUUCAGAAGAUACUCCGCACCGAGUAUCCUUUCUCGAUGAACAAACCGUACAGACUGCCAAUACAUCAUUCAGCACACAGCUUGCAUAUACAUUCGAUCACUGGGAUGACUGCGUAAGAUUUCAAGAAUUACUUCUUUCGUCCAAACUCGUCUUCAUCGCCGGUCUAGCCGAAGCCAAAUCCAAAGGCCGCGGGGAGGAAUGCAUCAGUCAGAAUUUACGUCUAUUACGAGGCCGACACGAGAGAUUAACACUACUAUUCUUUGCGAAUUCACAACGAAAAGAGAGGAAACGGUAUGUCUCGGUACCGUUGAAUUGUAUCGACAAGAUCGAUGUGCCGAAAAAGACCAGCAAACCUGUCUUAUUAUAUUUACGACCGAACUUUGAGAUACUGGCUGAGAUGAAGGUUUUGCAUUUUCACUUUUUGGAUGAUGAUGAGCGAAAAAGAUUUGGCGAAAUCAUCAGCCAUUACAUAGAGCGGUAG